AUGACUCCGUCCUCUCGCUUCCCACCAAACCCGAGCGCAAGAGAGAGAAAAUGGAGGGAAGGCUCUCUGCAUCUCUCGGCCUCCCAUGUCCGAACCCCAACCGCCACCAGAUUCCAUCCGAGUUCACCAGCCUCUUCACUCACUUCAACUCCCUCGUUGCGCCUCCUCCCUCGAGACCCCUCGAGACCGCCGUACAUUCCGCCGCCGGCUUCAAUUUCUCCUCCACAACCCUUUCCCUCGACAACCCUAAUCCCCUCGCUAAUUUCUCGAAAUGGAUCAAACCCACCUCAAGAAACAGCCCCAAAGUGCAGUCCCUCAUGAAGAACCUCUCCGUCCUCGAGCGAGCCCUGAUCGGCGCCGGGGGAGGCGGGAUCGCGGGCGCGUUCACCUACGUGUGCUUGCACCCGCUCGACACCAUCAAGACCAAGCUCCAGACGAAGGGCGCCUCCGAGCUGUACAAGAGCACGUUCGACGCGAUCGUUAAGACGUUCCAAUCGAGAGGUAUCCUGGGGUUUUACAGUGGGGUCUCUGCUGUCAUCGUCGGGUCUACUGCUUCUUCCGCUGUUUAUUUUGGUACUUGUGAGUUCGGGAAGUCGGUUCUGUCGAGAAUAGAGGAUUAUCCUGCCGUGCUUAUCCCGCCGACUGCUGGUGCAAUGGGGAAUAUCGUGUCUUCUGCUAUAAUGGUGCCCAAAGAAUUGAUUACGCAGAGGAUGCAAGCGGGCGCGAAGGGACGAUCGUGGGAGGUACUGCUGAGGAUUUUGGAGAAGGACGGUGUGUUGGGGCUUUAUGCUGGGUAUUCCGCUACGUUGUUGAGGAAUUUGCCUGCGGGCGUUCUGAGUUACUCUUCGUUCGAAUACUUGAAAGCUGCGGUUUUGAGUAAGACCAAGCAGGCCAAUUUGGAGCCUUUACAGAGCGUUUGUUGCGGGGCGCUUGCCGGGGCCAUAUCGGCCUCAUUGACCACGCCUUUGGAUGUGGUUAAGACGAGGUUGAUGACUCAGGUUCACGCUGAAGCCAAGAAUAAGGUUGCAGCGGUGAUGUACGGCGGGGUUACCACAAUGGUAAAGCAGAUUUUGAAGGAGGAAGGGCUGGUUGGGUUCACCCGCGGGAUGGGGCCGCGUGUCGUCCACAGCGCGUGCUUUUCUGCAAUCGGUUACUUUGCAUUCGAGACGGCUCGGCUAACAAUUUUGCAUCAGUACCUCAAGCACAAGGAGUCCCUGGAGUUGGAAGCUGUGGUUCCUCCGUAGAUUUGCUUGUUUUCACAAGUCAGAUUUAGUCUGCAAAUUUUUCCCCGGGAACACAAGUACAACAAAAGUUCAAUUUAAAAAUGCCAGGGCUUCUCCACUUGCUGCGAGGGGCGAGCUCUUGAGCGAAUGCACUGAGAAUUCGUUCGCGGCUCACGCCGCUGUCAAAUGGUAGAAUAAAAGGUUCUGGAGUUGUAUGUCUUCCUAAUUUCCUGUAAGUUAGUGUAUUCAAUUCUAGCUGGUUGUGACCAUCUCCAAUCUUUUUUUGAGUA